AUGGUAUUACCACCAACGCCUCUCGAUAGCUUGCGCUUCUUGCUGACCAUUGUAGGGAUCCGUUUGGUCGAUCCGACCUCCCACUGGCCAUGCGAUAUCCCCAAAAGCUCAAAUCUCUCUUUACGCAGUUUUGUGAAUCCGUCUUUGGUCCCUUUACACGCGCGAGCGGGUCCCAAUCUCGAGUUACAUACAUCUCACGCGGGCACAUCACAAUGGCUUCAGACCAAGCUCACCGGCGCUAUAUGGCCAGACGGGGACGAGUUAGACCUCCACCAGCCAUUACAGUGUCCAACCGGCCUGCUGCUUAGCGUAGGCGGUACUUCUGUCAAAAAUGCUGGCGUAGUCACGUCGGAUCUCUUGAUUUAUGGCGUGUUAUCCAGCGCAACAUCUUGUGCACGCCCACCCACUCCACCACAUUCGUCACCAUCUGAGAUCAAUGGCCAAGUGAAUCCACCACCCAGAAAACCGUAUGAACUCAGAAUUUACGCAGCACCACUCUCCACCUCUCUUCUCGCUCAAGCACAAGCCUUCCCGUCACCACCACAAAGCUGCGACGGCGAAGGAAUUUCUACACAGGCCGAGUUCCUUCCAGACAUCAGCUCGCCCAGCCCUAAGAGGAAACGAGUCGCGACUCUCUUCGAGGUCGCAGCACAGCAUCACCGGCGUGUUCGGCAACGAGGCGGCGAGGCCGUCUCCCAACUAAUGGCAACAUCACGACCAUCAUCAUCUUCACAGAACCUCCAAUCUCUUCGCGUGAAGCGCGAGCCCGAAGACGACACACCGAGUCUUCCAUCACUGGACCGAGUUGCUGCACACAGGUCACGCUCUGUAUCCCUCGGUGCCAACGUGCACCGUCCAGGUAGCAGACUCGGCGUACGUGGAACUCCAGGUGUAACCGCCGACCCGCAAAAGCGAGCACCAACACCAAACCCAUUCCUCGACUCCACCUCACGUCGCGGGCUGCAGCAGACCCAAAUUCCAUCGGGACUUUCCGUCUCCCUCGAAGAUACAGCGAUGCCGAAGUCCCCACCCAAAAGCAUGGAAGCCGUAAUUGCAGAGAAUAAGAAUCUUAUUACGAGGACCAUCCUCACAGCCAUGCGUCUUUAUGGUUUCCAUCGCUCCAAUACUCGGGCUUCAACUAAACCCGCUUCUGGCGACGAUCCUGAAACUUCAAAUGCAACGCCGGGGCCAGAGACAUUGCGCGCUGAGACGCCAGCACCAGGCGCUUCAGCAGACGACGAUGAGUUCAAAUCUAUGUACCAUGCAACCUACAAAGCAGCAGCCUUUGCACUGCGCAAGUAUCUUAAAGAGUCAGCGGGAUCACCGCCUCUCUUACUGGAGAAGAACAAAACCAUGACUUGCAUCGACGAGCUAUUAAGACUUUUUUGCGAGGAUCACUAA